AUGGGUAUACCUCAUAUCACCCUCUCUGUCUCUCACACGUACAUCUAUAGUAACACGAUCAUCCAGAUCAGCCCCAAAUUCGGCAUCUUCUUCUGUCUCGCCUGUUCGGGCAUCCACCGCGGUCUCGGCGUGCACAUCUCCUUUGUCCGCAGCGCAACAAUGGACGCCCUCAAGACGGGUGAAGUCAAGAAGAUGGAAUUGGGUGGCAAUAAACCUUGGAAGGACUUCUUCGAUGCACAUAGUAGUAAUCAACUUAGUGGGAGGGACUUUGAAGCUUGCACGAUAAGCGAACGAUAUGAUAGUGAAGCGGGCGAGGAAUGGAAGGAACGAUUGAGUGCUAAGGUCGAAGGGAGGGAGUUUGUCCCUGGUUCUAUCGCGCCGAAAGCCAAGACCGCACCCCGAACGCCGACGGUGGAGGAUGCAUCGAAUACCCCUUCUGGCUCGGGAAGGAACACCCCGCUCUCCCGCAUCACAUCGCCACCCCAACGCACAUCUACUCCGGGCCAAAAAGUCCAGAACGAGGCCUUCUUCGCCCGCAAAGGCGCCGAGAACGAUUCUCGACCGGACCACCUCGCUCCCAAUCAAGGAGGGAAAUAUGGUGGCUUUGGCUCUGGUGGUGCUCCGACACAACCUAGUGGUGCACAACGAAGCGUCCCCACAGCCGACGACUUCCAAAAGGAUCCCAUGGCCGCCCUGACGAAAGGGUUCGGAUGGCUGAGUUCGACGGCUGCGAAUCUCAACCAGACUGUCAUCCAGCCUGGAGUGAAAUCUUUGCAGGAUGGUGAGUUUGCGGCUCAAGCCCAGAAAUUGGGCACGCAGACUUUCUCCAGUCUACAGCAGGGGACUAAGGGCAUCGGGGAGCAGUUUAAUCGGUUCGUGGAUCCGGAAGUGAGUCAUUCUGCCUCUUCUACUUCGGCUUCUGGGACUGGGACAGGUACUGGUGUUGGUGGGAUGGGAGGUAGUAGGGCAGUAGUGGCAGCGCCGGAGAAACAGGAUUUCUGGGAUUCUUUCGGGGCGGCUCCCGCGGGCCCGCCGAGGGAGAAGAGGGAGUUUUGGGAUGAUUUUGGUUCGGUGGCGGAGCAAAAGGUAGCUUCUAAGGGAGCGGGUGGGAGUGGGAGUCUUGGGACUAAUGCUUUGAGGAAUGGUGGUGAGGGGAAGAAGGAGGGUGAGGCUUCUGGGUGGAAGGAUUGGUGA